AUGCCCGAAACCAGCCAGUCUGCGACUCCUCGGUCCAAUACCACUUCCUCACAAUCGGGCCAGAAAAAAAGUAUGCGAAUGUCUCGAGAUAAGAUGGCCCAGCAGCUUAGCUACCGCUCUUUCUACCACUUCAUGCUGAGCUACCAACUGAAACUCGACGAGGAGGAAGAUGUAGAGGAAGGCAUGGCAAUUCUUCAAGCUCUUUGGGACCAUGAGAAUCAGGAGUAG